AUGUGGUCUUCAUUGUCUGCAUGGCUACUAAUAGCCUCCCUCUACGGCUUUUCUAACGCCUAUGAACUGUCAGCAAACUUAAAGUCCGUCGAGCCAGAUCUCCUAAAUCUUUCACCCGAAGAUAGUAUUGAAAACUUUUUCGACGAAAUAGAACGACCAUCCAGCAUUCUCGAGGGAACAAAGCGGUUAUUUCCAGCACUUCAAGCCGCUGAGAAUGAUCCCCCAACUUCAGGCCAGGGAAUAGCAGGUCGCAUUUCGCUACCAGCAACAAAUCUCCACCACCCAAUAGCUGGAUAUCAUGGGGCUACUUCUCGUAGAAUAUCUGAUAUCCUCGGCGAAGCAGCAGGCAUCCCUUUAACACGAACUGCUAGUGGAAAAAGUGAAGCUUCAAGCCAACAACGCGAAGAAGGGGGCAUCGUGGUAGUUAGCAACGAGGUCCCGCCGGAUUCCCGUGGUGGUUGUUUUGACUUUGAAGCCCCGGAAGGAGAUUUUAUUUUGCAAUCUGUAACGCUUGCGAAGUUUACCGAAGGAGAUGAAAUACCAAUCGGUAUAUCGCUCUUCACCGAGCCCGGCUGUCACAAAAAUCGGGGAUACAUCGCAUAUCUAGAAUUAGAUAGGGCGGCAGAUGCAGAGGAAUACAACAUGGACCUUGAAAGCAUGCAGCAACAUAUCUCGAAUCAAUUUAGUAUUCUUCCCGUGUAUAGCGAUGGCGAUACUGAAACGGCUCUUUAUUAUACUUCCAAUGAAGAUAUUAACGAAGAUAUCGGUUCUCGUCCUGGCGCUCCGCUAUUGAUUAAUCCACCGGAAGAUAUUGACCUCGAUGAAAAUUUGCUUGCGGAAGAUUUUGACGACUAUAUCCGAGAUUUUAACGUCCCUUGGACGAUAUUAUCAGGAGUAGAACAAGAAGAAGAAGAAAAGAGAGAAGCAACGCCGCCACCUACGACCAGAAGAAACCGUCCCCCGUCGUGGUAUCCGAAUCCACGACUACAAGCAGAAUUUCCAGGGUUUGAGAUUACCUCAGGUACACCGAGACAUUGGAAUAGCCUGGUCCAGGAUAGUGACGAUGAUAUAGACUCGGCACACGUAGCUUCAAGGGGCGAUCGAGGCGAUUCUGACACAAUUGUAACCGCCGCGAACAAUAAUCGGGUGGUACAAUCUGUGGAGGGCGGCUUUGAAAUAGGUGAUUUUGAUUUUGAUUUUGGAGAGGAUGAUAAUAAUAUUGCAAUAAUUGAUCAGAACAAUCCGAACGUAGUUCAGAUAGGUUCUGAGAUUAUUGUGAGAGGAUUUCCGGAACCUUGGCUCUGGGAACUGAGCCAAGAUCCAAGAAGGGCGGCUCUAGAUGACUGGCAGCUCCCUGAGAACCGUGGCGAAGCGUCUUCAGAGGAUAAAGGUUUGGGUUGA